GGGGGGGGGGGGGGGGGGGGACUACUUUUAUUGCUCCUGCUGGCGGCGGCUUGCCUCCGCAAAACCUUUCCAUUGCUUUCUUCCAUAUGUAACAAACCUUUCCUGCGGGCGACGACAUCAGUAUCAAUACUCUCUCUCCCCGCCUAUCUUUCUCUGUGAUGGCAUCGUCGUCCCUGUUACAGUUUUCUCCUUCCUCCUUCCAAUGCAAACCCUCUCUUCCUCACCCACCAUCCAAAUUCAACUUCAUAGUCAACGCUCACUUCCAACCUGGAUCCUCCACCCCCCUCUCUCACAACAAAAACAGCAACGGCAACGGCAAUAACGCCUCGCCGCCACCCCCGCAGGUGGUUUCGAAGAACCGCCGCCCUGCCGACGAGAACAUCCGCGAUGAGGCUCGCCGGAAACCUGUCACUUACACCCAUCGAUUCUCCGCCAAGUACGUCCCCUUUAAUGCCGAUCCUUCAUCCACUGAAUCCUACUCUCUCGAUGAGAUCGUGUAUCGUUCCCAAUCUGGUGGGCUUCUCGAUGUUCAGCACGACAUGGAAGCUCUGAAGAAAUACGACGGUGAGUACUGGCGAUCUCUGUUUGACUCUCGUGUGGGCAAGACCACCUGGCCCUAUGGCUCUGGUGUCUGGAGCAAGAAGGAAUGGGUGCUGCCCGAGAUCGACGGUGACGACAUCGUGAGUGCAUUCGAAGGGAACUCGAAUCUCUUCUGGGCUGAGCGUUUUGGCAAGCAGUUUCUGGGAAUGAACGAUUUGUGGGUCAAACACUGUGGGAUCAGCCACACUGGUAGUUUCAAAGAUCUGGGUAUGACUGUUCUGGUGAGCCAAGUUAACAGGUUAAGAAAAAUGAAUCGUCCUGUCGUGGGCGUUGGCUGUGCUUCCACGGGGGACACCUCUGCUGCUUUAUCUGCUUAUUGCGCUUCUGCAGGAAUCCCAUCAAUUGUGUUUUUGCCUGCAAAUAGGAUCUCCAUUGCUCAACUGGUCCAGCCAAUUGCAAAUGGUGCAUUUGUGUUGAGCCUUGAUACCGAUUUUGAUGGGUGUAUGCAAUUGAUUAGGGAAGUCACUUCUGAGUUACCUAUAUACUUGGCUAAUUCUCUGAACAGCUUGAGACUAGAAGGGCAGAAGACUGCAGCUAUUGAGAUUUUGCAGCAGUUUGAUUGGCAAGUCCCUGAUUGGGUUAUAGUGCCAGGAGGGAAUCUUGGAAACAUCUAUGCAUUCUACAAAGGGUUUUACAUGUGCAAAGAGUUGGGACUAGUUGAUAGGGUUCCCAGGCUUGUUUGUGCUCAAGCUGCAAAUGCUAAUCCUCUCUAUCUGUACUUCAGGUCAGGGUGGAAAGAAUUUAAGCCUGUAAAGGCCAACACUACGUUUGCAUCUGCCAUACAAAUAGGUGAUCCUGUUUCAAUAGAUAGAGCUGUUUAUGCAUUGAAAAACUCAGAUGGCAUUGUUGAGGAAGCAACAGAAGAAGAACUAAUGGAUGCUAUGGCUCAAGCAGAUUCUACUGGCAUGUUCAUAUGUCCUCACACUGGGGUUGCUUUGACUUCAUUGAUUAAAUUAAGGAAAAGGGGCAUCAUAGGGCCUACAGACAGGACUGUGGUAGUCAGUACUGCUCAUGGAUUGAAGUUUACACAAUCGAAAAUUGAUUACCAUUCAAAAGAUAUCAAGGACAUGGCUUGCAAAUUUGCUAACCCGCCAAUGCAAGUGAAGGCAGAUUUUGGGUCAGUUAUGGAUGUUUUGAAGAAGUAUUUGCUGAGUAAGGCGCCAAAAUACUAGGUUAGCUUAGCGAGUUUUUCUCUUGUACUCCUCCUUUGCUGAUUUUUUUAUACUUCAUUAGGUUCUAUUGUCUUUCUAUUAUUAGCUUCAAGUUUACUGUCUAGUGUUCACAAGCUGCCCUAUAUUUGAGCUUAUGCUUUGUGAUUCAUCUCUGUCAAGCAUUCAAUACCUCUGGAGAUCAUGAACUUGAUAGAAUGUGGUGCUGGUUUUAUUGCAAGAGGUUCAAGGCAAAAAACCUAUCAACAGAA